GGGCGUAAUCGGCAUGUCGCGUGAAUGUUUUACCGCGAUCGCGUAUGCACCGUUUUUCCUUUGCAGAACCAUUCGCGUCUUGUCUCUCAUAGUUAUAGACAUUGUCUGAAGUGAUUUCUUGGCAUCUCUUGCAUAUCUUGCGCUUAAAACGAAAAUCUACUCCAAUCAAUCCGCAAUGCCAUACUACGCUGUUGCAAAGGGAAAGCAAACAAUAAUCAACAAAAAUUGCGUUUACAAAAAUUGCUGUACGGACGCCUGUCGCGAAAAUAUGAAUGGCUACAGUGGAGCUUGCUUCAAGAAAUUCGACACGCAGGCCGAGUGUCAGCAAUUCAUAAGCAACAACUCAGAAUCUUCCAGCUCCAGCAACGGAUUCUCAUCUGGAAGCUACAGCGGCGGAGGUUAUGUGGCGUUGCCGGGGCCGUCGCGCUCAUACUCCGGUGCAGCCGCUCAGGGAAAGCGAAGCUGCGGGGGGCGCAUCAAUGUGUGGACGGAUGGAUCUUGUCCGGGCAAUGGCAGGAACGCCACUGCAGCGGGAAGGGGCGUUUACUUCGAUGACAAUCAUCCGUGGAAUGUGACUGAGAGAGCCGAUGGUCCGCGUCUGGACAGGGAGCUGGAUGGCACAAUCGACGUAAAAUGGCAACAUGUUCCGGGCCACAGUGGCAAUUACGGAAACGUUCAGGCCGACAAGCUGGCUCGCAAAGGGGCUACCAAAUAAUUUCAUUCCUAUAAUUUCACUAUUUUCCACGUUCUCAACGCUCCCAAGCCUGCACACUUUUCUUGAAUUACCAGCAGCUUGAAAGACUUGAAA